AUGGAAAAUACAUUUAAUAGAAAUGUUUUAAGAAAUAGAAGUGAGUUUGCUGUUAACUUUACAAAUAACUACUUCCCAGAGGUCAUCAAAGAGGUUGAAGAUGCUAUCAAAGAGAACAAAGUCGUAGUAGUUGGAAUGGCAUACAAUCCACAUGUUAAAGAGAUCAGAAACAAUUUGACCAAUGCAGGUAUUCCAUUCAAAUAUUUAGAGUAUGGUAGUUAUUUCUCAGGUUGGGACAAACGUUUGGCUCUGAAAAUGUGGUCGGGCUUCCCUACAUUCCCACAAGUUUUCCGUAACGGUACUCUCAUUGGUGGUGCAGAUACCGCAACUCAAGAGAUAAAAGAUGGAAAAUUCAACGAAUAA